AUGAAAAGUCACUUAAUAGGAUUUCUUAUGAACUUCUGGAUUUCUUUUUCACUUACUUUGUAUUUUCAUAGUGGAGAAAGAGAAGAGAAAUGUAUAAUUGAAGAUGUUCCCAGUGACACGUUGGUAAUUGGGAAUUACAAAGUACAACGCUGGGAUAUGAAAAGCCAAGAUUUUCUUGAAUCUGCUCCUGGUUUAGGGAUGAUUGUGACUGUCAAAUCUCCUUCUGCUGAGGUACAAUUAUCAAAACUGUACGGGCCUCAAGGAACAUUUUCUUUUACAUCCUAUCUUUCUGGGGAGCAUUUUAUCUGUUUACAAUCUAACUCCACAAGAUUUGUGGCACUCGCAGGAAGUAAACUGCGUAUCCAUUUGGACAUUAGAGUUGGAGAACAUUUUUUGGAUGAAUCUGUUGUUCAAGCAAAAGACAAAGUGAAUGAACUUAACAUGAGACUAGAACAUCUAAUUGAGCAAAUUCAUCACAUAUCCAAAGAACAAAACUAUGAAAGAGAGCGUGAAGAAAAAUUUCGGAAGACAAGUGAAGAAACCAACAGCAAUAUUGUUUGGUGGGCUAUUCUACAAACGCUGAUCCUCAUCUCCAUUGGAAUCUGGCAAAUCAAAUCACUCAGAGAUUUCUUUAUAUCUAAGAAGCUUGUUUAAGUCUUAUAAAAUAAAUGCCCAGAUUCAAAAAUUGCACGCCAUGUAACACCUAACAUACAAAAAAAAACCUGCUAUGAGAAAAUUGGUUGUAUAUAACUCUCAAGCUUCUCUUACUCUAACCCUGCUUUCUCCAUCUAUAUCACAACCUCUGGCAUGCCCUUACAUUUUCCUCCUUGAAUCCCAUCCUUUAUCAGUUUUUUUA